AUAAAUAAAACAAGCAAGGUCAGAGCUGUGGGCAAGUCAAGAGCUUCAGGGGAGAAAGUUCAGUGAGGGAGGCUGAAGUGUGGAGGCUGCAGAGGUGGGAGGAGCCAGUAGAAACAGGUAAUCUAACAAGACACCGAACAGCCAGUGCUGAGGAACACGUGGUCAGCAGAUUCUCCCUCAAGAAUGGACUUUGGGAUGUUUCUGCCAGUUCUUCCCCCAGCUGCCCUUUCCUCCCUCCCAAUCCACAACUCUCCAGGGACUGGGUCACCCUGGACCUUGCUACUUCCUGCUCUGGCAGUCCCCUCUCAGACCCGAUGGAGCUGUGGAUACAGCUGAAGCAAGCUGGCCUAGAGCCCUCAGGGCUCGGCCCACCUCCCCCUGCCCUGAGGGAACCCCCACCAGAGGAGAGCUUGAGCCAGACACUGCUGUCACCAGGGCCAGACCGUGAAGAAGCCCAGGAGAGCCUGCAGUGGAUCUGGGAGGAACUAGGCAACCUACGCAGAAUGGAUAUCCAGUUGCUGGGCCAGCUGUGCAGCCUGGGGCUGGAGAUGGGAGCUCUUCGGGAGGAGCUGGUUGCCAUCCUAGAAGAGGAGGAGGAGGUCUAUGAAGAGGAAGAAGAGGAUGAGUCUCAGGAGAAGAGGGAGGAAGCACACUUAGGGGUCUUCGGCCUGGCCACUCGCCUCCCUGACUUUGAGAUGACUAUCUGAGGUGCAGGUGGGACUGGGAUUUGAACUCAGGCCUCUCCUGCCUUGCUAGGCAGGUGCUCUACCACUUGAGCCACGCCCCCAGAGCUGUCAUUGUGAUUUUGAGUUGCAUCAUCCACACAGGUGAAGGAAAGAGUCUUCGCACCUGUCAGGUUCUCCUGUUUAUUUUUUGCCCCAACUCGGAGCCUGUUGCACACUGUGCAAAUGCUGUACCGUGGAGCGACUCCCCUCGCUCCCCCUCCCGCUUCAACAACUGGGAUGACCACGUUCCUCCCCGCGUGCUUCCAUUCCAAGGGUCUGAAAAGACUGCCUGGAAGUAGAUGUGGUGCAGGAGUGUGACAGCGCCACCUGCGGGAGACACAGAGCGCGUGCAGGGCGGCCUCUGGGCACUGCGUGCCACUGCUUGCUCUUCCUCCCUUCCUUCCUCUUUCCCUCCUUCCCUCCCUUCAAGUGUUACAGUGCUUGAGUUCAAGCCCUAGGACCGAGAUGGGGGAGAGGGAUGGGGGAGAAGACUUGGAGCGCUGGGCUCACCAGCCGUUCUCCAGCUCGUGGUGGUCAGCACCAUGGACAGCGCCGUUGGCCCUCCUGCCCGUAGGAGCAGCUGGAGAGGACAUCACAGCUGCAAGAAACACUGAGGAAGUUCUUACAGGGAAGAUUGGAGUCUCCUAUGACUUCUGCCCUGCAUGUCCUCCGAGCGUGGAGAUGGCUGGGAAGAUGGCUGCAGCCCCAGACUGGCCUUGCGGGGACUGAGCCUGCUCCAGAUGCAUGGUGAAUGUUUCUGUCCCAAGAUUCAGUUGUCAGGGGCAUGGCUCAGGGGUAAAGUACCUGCCAAAUAUAGGCGACUCUGUACUCACCAGCAAUUCCAAGCGAGCAAGUGAACAAACAAAUGUAUCAAUAAAUCCUCUAAGAUUCCA